UCUUUUCUACUGUUCAUAACGUUGAUUGUCGAUCAAUUUGGUGUUAGUUUAAUCAAAUCCGAGUGUGGAAAUGGUGAGGAGCGACAUUUUGACGUUGAAGGCCGAUGAGGUGACGUCGGAGAUACUCAAUGCCGAUAUCACCGAGCUGAAACUCGCCGUAGAGACGCUGUUCAAUCAUGUCAGUAAGCUCGGCGGCUUAGGGUUCGGCACUUCCUUGCUUUCGUGGGUUGCAUCCUUAGCUGCCAUGUAUUUGUUGAUACUGGAUCGAACAAACUGGAGAUCAAACAUGCUAACAUCACUGUUAGUACCUUACAUAUACUUCAGUCUCCCUCCAUCGUUAUUCCACUUCUUAAGGGGACAAUUUGGGUUGUGGGUCGCAUUCAUUGCAGUUGUAUUAAGGCUGUUCUUCCCACGUCAUUUCCCAGAUUGGUUGGAGAUGCCUGGAUCAUUGAUUCUUCUUUUGAUAGUUGCUCCGGGUUUAUUUGCUCAUGCGUUUAGGGGAAGUUGGAUUGGGGUUGCGAUUUGUCUUUUGAUUGGUUGUUAUCUUCUUCAAGAACACAUUCGUGCAUCUGGUGGAUUCGGGAAUUCUUUCAUGCAAAGCCAUGGGAUAUCGAACACCAUUGGUAUUCUUCUUUUGCUUAUCUACCCAAUGUGGAGGCUCAUCAUUCGAUUUGUUUGA